UGGUGGAGGACGGAGGAGAGGAGGAGGAGGUGGACGGAGAAGAAGAAGACGAAGGAGGAGAAGGAGGAGGAGGACGGUGGACUCGCUAACGACGGCGAACGUCCUCGAGGGUGCAAGAUAUCAGCACCAGCAACACCACCGACGACGAUGAUCGUGACAGGCGGCGAUCGACGUACAUGUUGGAGAAGGAGGCGCCGAUUCGCGGUUGCGGUACUGGCCUCGGUUCUACUUACCCUAGCGAUCGGUCCCGCGCCAACCGAAGGACACAGGCCAGCACCGAACAAUCCGAUCAUUCUGCAGACGAGCACCAGCACGACAACUACGCCCUUCUACGUGCACACGGUGAAUGGUACCGUCUUAACGAACGGUAACUACGAUGAGUUUGAUGUACACGCGGACGACGGAUACAACAGUACCAUCCAUCAUCACCAUCAUAAGAAGGUCGGCGGUAACAUGACCGAGGAGAAGGCGCCUCUGUUUCCCGAAGAUCUUUUCACCCUCUAUCAACGGCGACACGGUGCCGUGCUACUUCACGUAGCCGGUGUGGUGUACAUGUUUGUCGCGUUGGCGAUCGUUUGCGACGAGUUCUUCGUGCCGUCUUUGGACGUGAUUAUCGAGAAACUGGAGAUCGCCGACGACGUUGCAGGUGCUACUUUCAUGGCGGCCGGCGGUUCAGCCCCGGAACUCUUCACAUCGAUAAUCGGCGUGUUCGUGUCGUUCGACGAUGUCGGUAUCGGCACCAUCGUCGGUUCGGCCGUCUUCAAUAUUCUUUUCGUGAUCGGCAUGUGCGCUGUAUUCUCGCAUACCGUGCUCUCCCUCACAUGGUGGCCUCUAUUUCGCGACUGCACCUUUUAUAGCGCCAGUCUGCUCACCCUGAUCUAUUUCUUCCGUGAUAAUUAUAUUUACUGGUACGAGGCCCUCGUACUCUUUGGAUUCUACUUGGCUUACGUGAGCUUCAUGAAGUGGAACAAACCGAUGGAAAAGCUGGUCAAGAGAGUGAUCUACAGGAACAAGGUGACCCGGGUGAGGUCUACCGAUCAGCUGAUGCCCUCGCACCAGAGCGCCGCCCAGGCAUUGCAGCAUCCGAACGCGACGAACAGUAGCGAGACGAGCGUGGGUGGCGUGUCGGGUGCAUGCGGAAGCAGCGGCAUACCGGCGAGUGGAGAGGCCGGGUGCAGCAGCAGAGGUGGCAGCAGCAGUGGUGCCGGUGGCACGGCCGGACAGGGCUGCGAGCAGGCAGCCCUCGGUGGCUCCUCGUCUCAUUCCAGGGAGAGCCACGCCAAGUUCAGGCACGGCUUGCUACAGCUUAUGAUCCACACGAUCGAUCCGCUCCACGACGGUCAGUCCCGCGCCGGCAAAGUGGACGAGAAAGCGACGCAAUUGCACGCGAUAGCUUCGCUAAAGGUGCUACUGGAUGCCACCAGGCCGCACAACGGCGCUGCUACGUCGACCGCCGCCCAUUAUUCCGGUGGCUCGUCGAGAGAGACCACUCUGCAGCUGCAGCAAGGCUCCCAGGGCACCACCACGACCACCACUACGACGACGACCACCGCCGGCACCACCGCCGGCAUCCAGGAACUUCCCAAUGGCGGUAUAGCCGCUGGCCUCGAUGCGGGACUCGAUUCGGGAGAGGAGGAUGAACCUCCGAAAGCCUUGGACAUGGGCUGGCCCAGCGGUCUCAAGAAAAGAAUAACUUACAUUGCGUUUGCGCCAAUUCUGUUCCCUCUGUGGCUGACGUUACCGGACACAAGGACACCCAGAGGGAAAAAGUUCUUCGCGGUGACGUUCAUCGGCUCGAUCUUGUGGAUCGCAGCGUUCUCGUACCUGAUGGUCUGGUGGGCGAACGUCGCCGGCGACACGGCUCACAUUCCGCCGGAAGUGAUGGGCCUAACGUUCCUCGCUGCCGGCACCAGCAUUCCAGACCUCAUCACCAGCGUGAUCGUCGCGCGAAAAGGAUUCGGCGACAUGGCCGUCUCCAGCUCCGUUGGCAGCAACAUCUUCGACGUGACCGUUGGGCUUCCGGUACCGUGGCUGCUCUAUGGCUUGAUCUACGGAAAACCCGUGGAGGUGAACUCGGUGGGCAUGGUGUGCAGCAUAGCGAUCCUCUUCUGCAUGCUGUUGUUUGUCAUCAUGAGCAUCGCCUGUUUCAAGUGGCGAAUGAACAGGGGCCUCGGGCUUACGAUGUUCUUCCUCUACUUCAUCUUCCUUGCCGUCUCGCUGAUGUUCGAGUACGAGCUCCUGGUCUGUCCGGCCUAGGAACGCGGACCAACCGAGCGAUCCAGAGGUCCAGCAGAGACGGUAGAUGGACGCACAUCUACGGGUACUCGUCAUCGUCAUUAUCAUCGUCGUCGGCGAAUCGUCCACGGCCGAUGAGAACAAUCUUCCUCGAGCGCCGCAUCGAUCGAAAGAGGAACGACAGACAACAGCCUUCCCGAAAUAACAACCGAAACAGUGUUGAUGCACCACAUCCCCUUCCCUCGUUCCCUAAAGAAUCUCGUUACUCUCCUAUCGCCGGUUUAACGAUUAAGCGGUUAUUACACGUCACCCAGGUUACGAAGCGUUUUUGUUCUAGUCGAGAUACGUGUAAAUAUUGUAAAAACAUUGAAAUACCUGAAACAAAAUACUCGUCUCGUUAAGAAUUUUAGCGGCGAAUUCUGUUCGACGAACAGCCGUAGUCGUCGCUUUGUCCGAACACAGCGAGCUCGUCGGCCAAUCGUGCCAACGAUCGCGCCAACUAUAUCUACGUUUGCGUAAUCUAGAGAGAAACAGAUCGCUACGAUCUCAUUCCUUUUUGCCAUUUCUUCUUCCUCCGUCGCUACUUCUUCUCCUUCUUCUUCACCUAUCGUUUCUUCUUUUAUCUCUUCUCCGUAAUUCUACUCCAUGUUAGUUGUACUCCUUUUAUACCACGUUGUUUCUUCCCACGAUACUUAUCCUAGAUGUAGCGUCUCGAUUCAAACAACUCGCUCGUCGAAGCCACUCGUUAGACUCUCGCACGCUCGAAGCUCGACGAAACGCCGCUUUCCAACGCGAUUUCUCUCGAGGAUCGUCGAACGCACACGACCGAGUUUAGAGUUACCGAUUUACCCGCGGCAGAAGGCAUCCGAUACGUCGAUGUUUUCGCUUUGAUACGCGACUCGUCGAGUAACGUUGGUCGAACUGCCAAAUUGUUCCACGACGAAAACAAUGAAUUCGAUACCGUGCAAAAGUAAAAUAUAUCGAUCGAACGAAUCUUGGAUUCGUGCCGCGAGUUCCCUAUCGCGAUCUAAAAUCGGUUGACGCGAUUUCAUCCGCCGAGUAAGCGAUCGACGAUCUCUCGUUGCACAGUGGACGGCCUGACGGCUCGCUGAUUUCUCUCUAUAAAGUGCAACACUUUCUUUUCGUCUAUAACCGUAGGAUCUAGCCAAAUCUACUCUGUCGUGUUCGUAAAAUCUGCACGGACGCGCUUCCGACGCUCGACGCUUCGUUUUCGAAUUCGUUACACGCGAUAGCGUUAGGCGCGAAGAACAAGGCAACUAUCGGAACAACGUUGCGAAAAAUUCAUUCAGGGACAAAACAUGCGAGUGACAAACGUUCCGGCUAAUUGGCCAGCAGCGUGUCACCUCGAUUAAUCGCUCGAAACUCGCAAAGCCGUUCGAUCCUCGUUGUGUUUGCUCGAUACCAUUGUUUCGCCUAACGCUAUCCCCCGAGGCCACUUUUUUCCGCGUGCUGCUCCGCGAAAUUACAUUGUCUCGCGAACGAAAACGGUAGCCGUGGGAGGAAAGAGACGGCGCGCGAGGGUCGGAACCAUGACGAAACGCGGCGAACUCCGGCUCGCCCUCAAUCGAUCGGCCACACGUCGCGUUUUCACUGACCGAAAACGAAUCCGCCGAUCGUCAGCGCUCUAACGUUGUACGCAGAGAACGGAAGCGCCGAUUCGGAUCGCGAAUCGCCGAAACGACGGUGGAUCGAUCGAUCGUUUCGACCAUAGAAAAAUUUAUUAUCUCUCUUCUAAUUAUUCCACAGUUGUAAGAGUAUCUUCGGAAUAUUGAAAGAAUCGCCGACGUUGAAAUCGAAAAACGACCACCCUCGUUUCAGCAACGAUUUUACCGGUAGAACACGCGCCUCCGGUUUCCGGCGUGCCUGUUUUUAACUUCGAUUAAUAGCUAUUCAAAUAAUCUACGUAAAAGACACGAGAGGAGGUCGAAUCUUCCUAAACGCGUAGCGAAACUGGCGAAACGCAGUCUCCGAGGGGAACGUCGUGCGGUCGACUCGAACGUCACAUUCGAAUCGAACACCCGCGACGCUUGCUCUGCACCUCUCUCUUGAUGGUAUUCAGUUUAAGGGCGAGUCGCUGCACACCGUUCUUUCUCUGUAAAAGAGUAACGCUAACGAAACUCCAAUACCGGAGAUCACGGGACAAGUAGAAAAGUCAAACGCUCGAGGCAAAAACGAAAAAGAGACUUUUUGGUUAGUUAAAGGAAAAGGGAGAGAAAGGAGCGUGGUUCCGUGAUCCUGGAAUCGAAAGCGAUUCUCACUAAGCUAUCUUUCGCUAACAUUCUUUCGAGUUUUCGAUGUCACGCUACGUACGUUUCGAGCGCGUAGAUUAUAAACAAAUAGGUAUAAACGUGAUAUCGACUAAGAUAAGGAUACUGAAAGCGGAGAAGGUGAAAUCGCAGCGCGACUGCUGUUCGACGAGAGGAUUAAAAGGAACGACGUAUAUAUCCGGAACCGCCUGAACGCCUAACAGCGGCCUAGCUUUUUACUUAAGAAGAAAAGGAAAAAACAGGGAAAAAAACAAAAAAAAAAAAAUACUCGCACGACGCAAAAUGCUAUUUGCGGAUGCAGAGAAUCAAAUCGUAACGAGGAGAGACUAGAAAUCACGGUGAACCGGAGAAGAAACGAAGUAGAAAAUGACAGGCGAACCUAACCGAUUCGGUAACGAAAUUAAACGAGAAUUCACUUCGCGCAUACUUCAAACGUUGUCACACUUUUGUAUACUCUCGACUAUCGAAACUAAGAGGAGGAACCAUCGCGGUUCACGGUUCAAGCAGCUUCACGCUCUAAGAAGCGAGCUCGUGUUUUUGCGGCGCGUUCACCGUACCCACGAAUCGUAGUUGUUCUACUCUUUAGCCGCUGCUACAUCUCGUUAAUAUCUCGUUCUCGCUCUUCGCUACGGGACUCUUACGAAAAACGUCCGUAGCCGGGUGCUGUUUGACUCUCGCGUUUCACCGACUUUUACAUCUUCUAGCAUCGAACUAAUCUUACGCUUCUACUACUAUUACGAUAAUUCUACGUUGAUCCGUGGCGAUCGGCCGUGGUAACGCGUUCUCGAGCACCGAGAUUGGCGAUAGCUCGAAGAGAGAAGAGGAACGUUCUAUCGGAAAAGAUGCGAUCGCCGAUCGUCACGUGGUUAUUACGCCGCGUCGCGUCUAAUUGUCAGCCGUGUUCGCCUUAUCGUCUACCGAUACUACUUCAACGAGGAAGUUUCGUAGUCUGUCGAAAAACGAACGGACUGGGCGCUCGUCACGCACAUGCUCGCCAAACGCUGGGUGGCUUUCAUCGAUCCUCUCGCAUCCGCGGAUCGUUCUUUCGAGAGUGGUCUCUCGAUCGUGCCGGUUUCCAUCGAGAAAAUCGCAGGAUCGAACGGGAAAAGGCGAAGCGUUUUCGACGCGUCCGAAUGAAAGGUACGGGAAUGACAAUGAGAAAGUGAAUGCAGCGGCUUCUCACGAGACGAUUUGACAUAAUGAGCGAGCAACAAGCGCGUAAAUAUAACGACGAAAACAGGAGAGGAACCUUUAGCGCGAAGUAGCUGGUAGGACGUAGCGUUUCUUAAUAGUUUCGUAAACGGUUACAAGAAGCAAGUAGCGAAAGAUGCACAAUACGAUCUUCCCGAAGUACCGAUCACCGAUUAACAAAACGAUUAAAGGAUACCGGAAAAUGUACAUACACACACAUGCGUACACGGAUAUACACACACGCACGCACGCACACGCACACACGUAUACGUACACGUACACAUAUACGCGAAGACACGUAUACAGACAUAUGGAAAGAAGAGAAACAAACGGCGGCGCCUCUUUUUUGCAAAUUUAGCAUUUUUAGUACCACGCCGAGGAAGAGAAUGAAAGAGUGUGUAUGUGGAAGAGAGAGAGAGAGAGAGAGAGAGAGAGAUUCUGUGUAGCUUCGAUUAUUAUAAACGUUUUCAAUCAAACAUUUGUUAUCGUAGCGCGUACUGAUACCGUAACGAUCGAUUAUUAUUAUUAUACAAAGUUCGUCGAAACAUAGAGAAAUCACACGCAACCAACAGGUUCAACGCUGGCGACGUUUGAUCGUCGCAGAAGCGAUCCGACCUGCGUCGAGUACGGGUGUGUGGUCGAGGCCGCGUACGAAGUAACGUAAUCCCUCGAGCUUCCGGCCUUCCUCUCGUACGAAUUCCUCUUGCAUUCGAUCACCGACAGAGAACGAACGAUCGACAAAGAAAGCCGAGCAUCGUCUCUAUGAAACAAAAGUUCUUCCUGGAUUCAACGACGAGAAACGUGAAAGCGAAUCGUCCGGAUGGGUAACGAAACUCCGUACGUUCUUUUCGCGGAAAUUUCUCGUCCCGAAUCGAAAUCCUGUACAAAACGGAACGCAACGUAGUUUAACGUAUUCGUGCCCUUAAGAGAAAAGAGGGUAACGAUAAAUAGAGAGUCCGUUAGGUUGUUCUCGUUGAAACGAAAACGGAUGAACGGGAAAUCGCGUGAUAAGGCGAAGGUCAGACGGGCGAAAUGCUCGAAGCUCGGGGUAUUAUCGCGCUCGUAAUUUGUACUUUAUAAUACUUUAGGAUAAACAUCGUUGAGGGUUGAAAGGGGACAUCGAGUUUCAAUUCUAAUCUUUGAAUUUUCGACGCGCGUCUCGCCGUGAGACGUAACGGGACACACAUCGUUGCGGCCGAUCCCAUAUUUAACGGCUCGAGAUUCAUUUUUAUAUAUUAAAAGAGUAAAAUAAAAAAGAAACAGAAACAAAUACGCGUACGUAAGAGCGAUCGUUCGAGUCGAAUCUUGCGUUGUCGAAGACGUCGGUACACGAAUGCUACCGGUGCCAGUGUUGACCGAAACCGUGUGUUGCGAAUUGUGUUCAUGGUUCAAGAGUAAAUUCCUUCGUUUUCUUUCGCCGUGUUCGGGACGCAUGUAGAUCUAAGCCGAUGGAAAAGGUUCCUUUUGUUCGAGCGAUGGAAACAGGAGAACGAGGAAGGAAGGAUCUUAUCGAAGUAUAUUUUACGACCCACUUUCUUUUCAACGCGAUCGUCAUCGCGGUUGCCCUAAUUUCUUUUUCUUUUUCCUUUCGCUCUCGUCUCUUUUCGUUAUUGUAUUCUAAAUACGGCAGCGAUAAAAGAGAGAGAGAGAGAGAGAAAAAAAAAGAAAAUAUGCGCGCGUCAAACUCCGUUGGUUGAUUCUUUACACAACCGUUGUGUAAUUCGUAUCACGGGAUCAGGGUCGUUCGUUCGAGAAAUUUUUAUUCUAUUCUCGUAUCGCGAUUCUUCGAGCAUCCGCAAAUAACGAGACGGGGACAGUCGCUCUUCGUCGAAUAACAGAAACGGAGUACCAGUGUGAAUCGAGGGAAUUCGGACGUGACACGCGAAACACUUUUCAACGAACGUGGUCUCGAGGAAAACACGAUGACGUGACGAUAGAGCCGAACGACCAUAAACCUGUCGAACGAUUUGCAUCCUUCGCGAUACGAGAGGACAAACUUCUUCCCUCUGUACGACGUACGGUCGUAUCGAAAAUAUUGCCUUCCAUCCCGAUAACGUUGCUUUAAUUAUCGUUAUAUGGUUUAUUUCAUAGAAGGAAAGGAGACGGGGAGAAAAACGAGGAGGAGAAGGAUCGGGAGUAAGAGCGCGAGCGCGUACCAGAACGCACGAGAGAACGAGAAAAAUAAUUGCGAGCUUGAAUGUAUGUAGAUAGGGGUGUGAGUGAGUGAAAGAGAGUGAGGGACAGAAGGUUGGGAGGAGAGGGGAGGGGUUGUGGAAGAAAACCGAACAGAAGAGAACAGAAAUUCCGCUUACAAAGGCUUAAAAAUACAUUCUCUUGGCAAUGACAAGGCGCGAACGCACAUAUCAAAGAGAAGGAGACGCUGACGAUUUAAUAAAGUAAAUGAAUACUUAGCGAUAUUAUUAGAUACUUAUAUUGUAAGAUACUUAGGGAAAAGUUAAAAAAGAAAAAAAGGAAAAGGAUAAAGGUGUUACAGAGUUUCUAUAUAUGAUUAAAGAUUAUAUUAUUAAAUACGUAUUAUAUGUAUAUAUAUAGUAUAUAUAUAUAUAUAGUACAUAUAGUAUAUAUAUCGUAUACACAUAUAGGUACGCAUCUAUAUGUAUAUACAUAUAGAUAUUAUAUAUACAGGUACUGUUUUCGGGUGGUGAUCGAGCCUGUCGAACGAUUCGAUCGCAUGCACGGAUUGCAGAUCGUUGUUGGACACGCAGUGGCGGGCGCGGGCGCGCGUACACACCCACACACGCUCAUCGCACUAUGCAUACUAUAAGACGUGUGUGCGCGCGUGCGAAAGUUGCACGCGUGAAAGAUGCCGGUUAAUUAUCGAUCUUCGGCGUAUGCUAUACGUUCUCUUACGAUUAGUUACACGCAACGAUACGGGUGCUCGCUUGCAACGUGCGCGCGCGCGUGCGCGUGUACGCACGACACACAUUAUAUAUAUAUAUAUAAAUAUAUACAUAUACGUGUGAUAUCGUUCGUUCCGAUUUUUUUUUUCUUUUUUCACGUAUGUUAUACACAAAGCACACGUAUAUAUAUAUAUACAUAUAUUUACAUAUAUAUAUAUAUAUACGUAUAUCCAUAUAUAUAUAAAUAUAUAUAUAUAUAUAUAUAUAUUUUAUGAUUGUCGUUGUUGAAUUCGUCGCAUUACAUAGGGUUUUACCCCCGUCCAUCGCCGCAGUAGUAGACGUACUGGAUACGACGUAAUUGAGAAAAAAAAAACUUCGGAUUUUACGAGGUAAACGGAAGACGAGAGAAACCUAGGUUACCGCAGAAUCUUAGAUGAAAAUGGAUAAAGUUACAAAAUAUUAUAAAUAAUUAUACUAUUAUACAUUAUAUACAUACAUUACCUACAUACUUAUAUACAUAAAGGCGCAUAUAAAUAUGUAAAGGUCUAACGUUGUAUACGUCGGGAUGAGAGAGUCCGAGGAUAGGAUGAUUUUAUUACGGCAACGCUUUCUUUCGCUCGUGCGUACGGAUAUAUUUGAUAAUUGUCGCUCUUCUCUUAACCCUUUCUCUGCCCUUGAGUAUUCGCUCCACGCGCGCCAUAUAUCCCCGCGAUCGUUCCCUUCCAAAUUACACACCUUUUACAUCGGUAAGCGGAUCUUGAUCGCUUCUCCGAUACGAUGCGAGCUGAUCGAAAUAUCGUGUCGCGAUACUCUCGCGCUUCGGGAUUAGAAGGGCCGUUGAUCAACGAUCUGAACUUAUUUCUUCGUUACUCGAUGUAUGGUGGUAAACAGAAUAUUUUUAUGAAACUAUCGUUCUAGCGACACGACCGUAGAAUAAUUUCAAAGCUACGUUGUUAAAUUACUAUUCACCGAUUGUUAUAUCAACGUUUAUCUAUUGUUUUUAUCGUACAAACGACGACGUAGACGAUUAGAAGGGAAAGAGAUUUUUCUAAAGGAAAAGCGUGGAGUUGGAGAAUGACGACAGUACUAGGGUUAAAUUGGAACGUACAAAGGUCGAUUUUCUGUUUUUCGCGGAUAUUUAGGAUACGUGCGAUUAGACGAAACCAGCCUAGUACGUAUAUGUACAUGUAUAUGUAUAUGUAGAUGUAUCUAUAUGUACAUGUAUAUAUAUAUAUAUAUAUAUAUAUAUAUAUAUUAUAUACACUUUCACAUAUACACAGGCGUACACGUACAACACACCACACAUACACAUAUAUACACAUAUGUAUAAAUAUAAAUAUGAAUUUUAGUACGGAUUGCAGCGUGCACGUGCAAUUUGAUCGGGAAACAACGAGGUCUCGAUAAGCGUUCGAUUUGACGAUUUUUGUGAUACCUGUCAAAUAUGUAAACGGCAAAUCGAUCUUCUCGAUAGACGACCACGCUUUUCGUUUGUCUCAGUCACGAUGUAAUUUCGUACGGAUGCCCGUACGAGAGUAUUUUCAACGGGGACAAGACAAAUGCUGCACCAACGACCAUAUUAUUUACACCUCACGCAGGAUGAUUUUCGGCUUAUAUCUAGAGAAAUCGCUGAUCGCGUGCGAGUUCAACGUUAACGAGGAUAUUACAUGCAAGAUAACGAAGAAAAGAAAAAAGGAAAAAAAAUCAGUACAGUGAAUAUCUCGCGGAAAAAUAAAUAAACAAAUGAAAACAUGACAGGCUGAUGUUAAAGAGAAACGUCGCGGUAGAACCGACAGCGAACGAACAUUUAGGAUCGGUAAUCGAACGUAGCCGAUUACAACGUUUUCCUUUCUUACGUCUUGCUCGAUCGCAAGAACAUGUUUCACGUUAUCUCUUCGAUUACAAUCGAAAUUGCACGAUUUUUCCUUUCAUUCGAAAUAUCGAAAUCUUGGAGUCUGUUACAGUCCGCUGGGAGAUUUUAAUUAAACGUCGUGUGGUGAUCGUUAACGAAAAUUGGUGAUCGGCCGAAUCAACGAUCGAUCGGAUACUCGACUUUCGUUCGACGUGUCGGUGCUAUCGCGACCGGUAACGCGUGCAAUAAGGCAGAAUAUGUAAACAAUAUUAAUAUCAUUAUAUACAACAUUUUUACGGCAUAUACGAAUACGAUGUAGAGAGAAAACAGGUAAAAACAAAUUUAGGAUAAUAUUACUUGUUGUUGUCUACCAUAGCGUUGUAGUUAUAUACAAUACAGGUAGGAAAUUAUAGGCAAGCCGAAGCGAAUGAGAGGGAGAACGAGUGCGAGAGUGCAAUGGAACGAACCGAGAGUAAACGCGUAUGAACGAUGUACGAGUGUGUGUUAGAGAAAGAGAAAGAAAGAAGGAGAGAAAGAGAUGCGAAUGAGACGAGAGAAAAAGAGAGGAGAAAAUUUGAUGCAAUUGACGAGCGUACAUGUUAUUAUUACGUAAUAGCAACUAUAUAUAUAUUCACAUAUAUAUGUGUUGUACAUAUACCUAUGUGUAUAUAUAUACAUACUCGAGAAAGCUGCUUACUCGAAAGCAACCAACAACCAACAGAUGGAAACACAAAAAUCAAUGAUUAAUAUUAUAUACAGAAGUCUAUAGAUAUAAGCUUUAAAGAACGUGUGCCUAUGUGCGCACGUGCGUACGCGCGCGUACGUGCGGACACUCGACAACCCCGGAUCCACCCGAUUCCCACCUCCUGCCCAACCAACCAUCCUUCUCUGCAGCCUCUCUCUCCUUCCUCAAUUCUGACAUCCAUCUGUCCCCCUCUCUGCCCCUUCACCCUCAUCUGUCCAUCCAUCCAUCCAUCCACCCACCUAUCCCUUCUCCCCUACCCUUCAUCCUUUCUCUUCCUGUCUUUCUGUAUCUCCCUCCAUUCUACUUCACACGCACUUGCGCACAUAUCCAUGACGCAUUACCGUAGCCGUGUUGUGUAGGGAAUGUCUUUAACGAAUAAGAUACGAUUUCUCAUGUUACAUGUUAUAAGAAGCAAAAAAAAGAAAAAAAAAAAACGAAGCAGCAAAAGUAACUCAAAAAAGAAAAAAAAAAAAUAAUAACGUGACAAAUCUCUUCUCCGGUCAGUUGCAGGAUCGCUCGAACGUUGUCGAAUCGAUAAUCCUGUAGACGAUUCCGUGUUGUGUCGGAAAAAAGAAAGAAAGAAAGAAAGAAAAGAAAGAAGCAAAAUAGAGAAAAGAGGAAAGGAAGGAAGGAAUACGUGACACGAGAGAAAAGGCGAAGGGAACUUUCGUUGAGGAAUGUACGCAUAUACUCUGUACAUUACAAGUUGUUCGUAUUCAUUAUUAUUGUUAUUAUUAUUAUCGCUACGAUUAUUAUAAUUAUUACUAUUAUUGCUACAGAUAUGUGUAUAUAUGUAUACAUGUAUAGCAGUAUGUAUAUACAUAUAGACACGUAUUACACGUGUUUUGCCAGCCGCGGUGUUCCUUUAUUCGUGGCUCAACUUUUUUCCCCUCUUUCCAGCCGACCCACUUGCUAUGCCACAGCCAAUGAUCGUGCUUUUCUCGUCGCAAAAGAAAAAUCUACAAGUCGAUUAACAAACCGGCCGAAAUAUGAGAAUAUGAAAAUGCGAUUGAAGAUGCCAUCGGUAUAGGUUGACGCGUUCGAUCGUUCGUCGUUCCAUUUCGUUGCCACCCUCUUGAAAUUAAAGAUUUUUCGUUUAAAACGAAAUUACAAAGAGUCAGAUUGUGUUAGUUGUUUCAUUUUGCGUUCAAAGACGAAACGAUUACCGAAAUACAUACUCGAUGUUUCUAUCUUUAGAAAAGUUCCUUUGAAAUCACUUUUCAAGUUCUUAAAGUUGCUUUCUCUUGUUCCAUCGCUACGAUUAUAUCACUUCCCUUGCUUAUUGAAAAAUAUUUAACACUUUGUACUUUGAUCUAUCUAACGAUUCGUGUUUCUAGUUUUUUCCAUUUACAAAUUUGACGAUGAAAAAUUAGAAAAGAUAUUCCAUUAUUUUGUUUAGUAGAGCUAAUCGAGUAUGUCAUUCUAGUCUAAGAUAUUUUCUUGGAUAUUUUUAUUUUUUCGCUCUAAAGUAUUAGUCUUAAAAAGUAAAAAAUAUCUUGCUAUCGGGAUAAUCAUGAUCGAAACGUCAGCAUACGAAAGGCAUGAGAAAGAGAAAAAGAGACGAGAGGAUGCACGAUCCGCGAACAAUGAAUCGGAUAUGCGGGUCAACGAUGUCAGCCAGCGUUGUGACCAGUUUUUCCUUAUACUUAACUUUGACCGAAAGAGUCCUCACGGCACGGCGUAGAUGGAAAAGUCGGGCGGUGGGUUAUCGAUCAUUAAGAACCAGAUAUAUAUGCAUUAUUCCGUACCAAGUACGGCUAGAGCUAUCGAGUAAUUUAAUAUAGAAUUAAAACAGUCAACUGUAUCGCGAUUAACGGAGCACGAACGAAGAAAGGCCUGCAUCGACCAUCUUUCCUCCACACUUUUAACCCGAUUUCCCGUUCCUUCCGAAAAAAAAAAAAAAAAAACCCAGUUCCCGUUAUUCUAAUAUUCCUGCCUCCCUCUAACCCUCAACAAAAACAAGAUAACAUAUUGUAAUCUAUUGUAGAUUGUUGUAGAUAAAUUAUACGGUUUGACCGUACAUUGUUACUUUUUGUCGACAAUAUAAAAUACACAGAUAUAUAAGUAAUUAA